UUAAUGUGAUGCCUAUCAUGUACGCCUCUUUCGAACCCAAAUACUGAUACAAAACAUACUGGAUGUGUUUUUAUGGUUGAUGCUGAUAUCUACAGCUGGUUGCAUCCGCAUAGAAGGCUUUGAUUUUGUUUGUUUUUUACCUUUGAGCAUCAUAGCUGAGACAUCUACAGUAACACAAUUGGUGUCGUUAACCUCCGGGGAUCGCUGCUACAACCAUAGAAAGUAGCGGUGUUUCCAAUUUGCAGGUGAAGAUUGUCUUGAUUUGGGCUCCCUGGAUUAUAAUGGCUGCCUACGGUAAGCUGUACUACACGACGAUGCUGUACGCGUUCUACAAAGUGUACGAGUCGACCGGAGGCAAAGCGUUCGACGGAACAGCAGAGGUACACAGGGCUCCCUCCAACCGGAGCCUAGACGAUGGUCACCCAACAACCACGCCACAACGCAGCAUCCCGCGACCCGAGAUCGACCCGGCUAUCUUCCGUGAUCCGACGCCAAUCAUUGGCCGAACUCCAGCUAGUGGCCUGUCACCCUUGGCUCCGUCGCCCAUGCACCCGCAAAUCAAUUCUGCGUUGCCACGCUUCGUUAACACGCCCCUACCGAUGUCGCCCAACCAUCCUAUGCACGGCACGCAGCUAUACGCAUACCCGUCGCCCAUGGGCGCCGCGUCCGUAUCGCCAGACCGAAUUCCCGUUGGACCCGGCUUUCCUCCGACCCAACAACGUCUGACGUCCAGCGGCCCAACACCCAACGCCCUGACGCCUAGCACGGCGACACCCAUCGCCCAGACGACGCCUCGCGGAUCGAAGUCUAGUGGGGGGACAACGUCGAGCGCAUCUCGGAGUAGUGGAGCUCGAGCCCCGCAGACGCUCGAAACGGCGUCACCGAUCUCGAGGACUCCGACAGCGAGUGGCGCGGUGUCCACGGCGCCGGCGACGUCCUCCCAGCGGUCUAGCCCCGGUGGUCCGAUGAUCCCACUGCCUAACGUCGCCGUGGACCGCGCGGCCGUCGGCGCCAGGACCACGCCCAGCGAGCAGGAAGUGCCCCCUUCCCGCGUCAUGAAGGCGCGACGCCCGGUCCCGCCUUCUCCUGUGGGGAAUCGCAAAAGCAAGAAACACCGCUGAGUUGGCGGGGACGUUCGCCAGCGCUGACGGAAUUUUUCGCUCUUCGCGCCAUUUUUUUUCUGCAGAUGUUUGACGCUAUUGAAGGUAUCCUUUUAUUGACAGUCACCUGAGCCGACCCACCGAUUACGUCAGUCACGUGCAGAAACGUGGCAUACCUGAAAGCGGCACUUUAGUUCUGGCAACGGCACAGCGAGACGUAAUAUGCAGGGUGUUCAACUUAACUUGAGCCAAACAUUAAAGAUAUGCAAAUGCUACGUAGCUA